AUGCUCUCUCGGAGUGCACAAAGUGUCCAAAACAGCGUGGAUCAUUUGAAACGGUGUCUCGGAAGACUUUUGAUUAAUUCAACUGAAAAUCUCGAGUGUUACAAGGAAACCAAAGACCUUUUGCGAUUGAUAACAAGCCGCCCAAUCAGGACUCAAGCAUUGGGAUCCAUUUACAUUGACAUGUCACUUUUACCCAAAUUUGUUAUGUUCUUCACUUCCUAUACAGUUAUAGCCCUUCAGUUCAAUAAUGUGGUUUAG